UCAGCCCAGCCUCACACACCUCUUCUCCGCCACUGAAUCAAACCUCUCCUCAACUCUCUUCACCUCCCCUCCCUUCAAAUCCUUUACCGUCUUCCUCCUCGAAGUCUUCCGCUCUCCUUUCCCCCCUCCCUCUCCCCUGACUUCAAAUCCUUUACCGUCUUGUGUUUCAGGAACCAUUUAUGAUGAUUCUUACCUGGAUAGCUACAUCAGUACCAUUGGUGUUGACUUUAAAAUCCGCACAGUUGAACAGGACGGAAAGACUAUCAAACUCCAGAUCUGGGACACAGCAGGACAAGAACGUUUCAGAACAAUCACCAGCAGCUACUACAGAGGAGCUCAUGGCAUCAUUGUAUGCCCUGACACUCACACUGUUCUGUUUAUGGAGAGCUUGCUGAAUUGGUAUUUAACACUUCCUUGA